AUGAUUCAGCGGGCUGAAACAAUCGAGAAUCGGCCGGAACUUUCGUCCUCUCCCAUCUCCACAGCCUCUUCGUCUAAUAUUGUAAGUUUUUUUCGUAUUUUUCUUAUUUUAAAAUCACAAAAAAAAAAUUUUUUUUGCACUGUGCGAAAAAAAUUUUUAAUUGGAAUUUGCACUGUGCAAAGAAAAAAACGUCGCAAAAUUAAAAAGUGUACACAAAAUAGAUCGUAUUUUACCUGUUUUUAAAAAAAAAUUAUUUAAUUUCACUGCACAGUGCAGAAAAAAUAAAAUCAUUUUUCCGCACCGUGCAACUAAAAUUUUCUGAUUUUUGCACGGUGCGAAAACAAGAAAAGUUUCAAAAAUUAUAAAUGUAAAGCAGUUACCCUCGUAUUUUACCGAUAUAUCGGAAUUUUUGUUCUGAAUUUCAAACGCACAGUGCAAAAAAUCAAGUUUUUUUAUUGCACUGUGCAAUUACAAAAAAUUUUUGUUUCUCAUUGUAGAGUGCCAAAAUUGAAUUUCUUGUUUGCAAAAGAUUUUUUCAGUGUUCAAUGCCGCAAUCGCCAUCUCCAGCAGCCUCAUCGACAGGAUCUGUGGACGAGAAGCCAUCAAUUGAAAAUGAAUUUUCAAGUGCCAAUGGAAAAUACGAUAUCACCUCAAUUUUGUCUGCAAAUCAAGAAAAAGAAAGGUAAAAAUGUAAAAUAAGAAAAUUCUAGUUUAUUGUUUUUUACUAUUCUGUGUCUAUUUUAUGCAAAAAGCGGGGAAAAUCCGCACAGUGCAACAAAAAUUUUAUUUUUGAAAAUUGCACUGUGCAAUGGGAUUCUUUUGGCAAAUUGCUAACUGCACGUUUAUUUGCAAAGCCCAAAAAUUAUGCUGAUAAAUUUUUUGUGAUUUUUUCAGCAUUGAAAAACCAUUUUUCAAUCAGCUUUUGCAGAAGACCGCACUGUGCAAAGAAAAUUUUUGUUUUUUGCACUGUGCGGCUAAAAUAUUUUUUCAAAACUUUUUGCACUUUUUAUUCUACAUAAAAACGCUUUGAGCGAUAGCCUAGAUUCUUAUUUCCCGAUAUUUUCCCCAUGAACGGGCUGCACCGUGCGAUAUUUUUGAAACUCUGCACUGUGCACUGCUCUUUCCGAAUUUGGCCAAAACUCAAUUACAAUUCUCCUAAUGACUCGGAAUGCGUUUGUUCUCGUCCACGAAUUCAUUUCUCACAUCAUCCAGCGACGCUUUCCACCGGUAUUUUUACCCACUGCACUGUGCAGACAGCGUUUCCCGAAAGCUUUGCACCGUGCGUUCCGAAAGUUCCCCCCUAUUCCGAGCACCCGUCCCAUAAACUAUAAUACCAAUUGUGAUAUCGAAUGCACGUUUCCCACGAACAUUUCGAAACCCAUUUUGGACUCCGCACCUCUUAUAACAAACAGUUUUGGUUGAAAUUCCGAAAAAUCCAGCUGCAAACCGCAUAUAGUGCCGCUAAUUUUUAAUAAAUUAACUUUUAUUGGCCUGAGAAUUGCGGCCCAAGAGCGGGGUUUCAACUUUUCCGCAGAAACCGAGUAAUUCGCUUAUAAAGUUGUUGGGAAUUUUGUUUUCGGGCCAUUUGUUGAAUUGUAAUGAGAUUUCCAGCAAAGUGCUGGGAAUUGUACGGGGGGGAAAUUGCACCUUGAGAGUAAUGAGGAGUUAAUUUAGGGCUAUGAAGAGUCAUUUUGGAGGGAAAAAAGUUGAAAUUAUUAAUUUUGAAAAAAUUAAUUAAAAAAUUUUAGAAAUUUUUUGAAAAAAAAAUUUUUUAAGAUAUUUGAUGCCCUGAGGACGAUUUUUUUAUUUUUAGAUACUCUUAUUUUUGGCUUUUUUUAUUCUAAAAAAGUGUCUGAAUUUUUUAGAAGCCUCAAUUUUGACCUCCGGGCAAAUAAUUUUUUUACAUUUUAUGACGUCAUAGGUUACCUUAUGGUCUGAAAUUAUAGUAGGCACAUUUUUUUGCAAUUUUUUACACUUUCUUUUUGCUUAAUUUUAAUUUUUUAAAAUUUGAAAUUUUUCGUUUUUUUCAAUUUUUUCCUCUCUAAAAAAUUUUGCUACAGUAAUACCCAUUACUCAUUACUCAACAAAAGCCCUUUUUUCUGGCCAAAUAAACUCCAAGCUACGGGGUUUUCAACAAAACCCGGCUCAAGUCCGGGUCCCACCGCGAAAACUCUGGAAGGAAAAAAGCCAUGACCACCCCGCCCUGAACCGUUCCCACGGCCAAUCAAAAGUAAUUCGCGGCAAUUUCCGCCGCCCCAUUGCUAUUAAUAAGCGGUGUGAAGUUCGCCAGAUGGCCUGCGGGCAUUGUUGACACACCAAAACUUUCUUUCAUUCCGUUUUGGAAACAGCUGAAAACGCGGAAAAACGAUUGCAUCGCUGAGCGGUGUAGUUUGUUUUUGGCCGUUUGUUACAUUCGCACAGGUGAGCGCAAUUCGAAUAUAGGCCCUCGGGCCGUUGGAAAAGGGGAAUUGGAAAGCUGGAGGUAUGGGAAUUCGUUACAAGCGUAGGUUAGACCUCCAACGCUGGCGGUGGGGAAACGAAUGUGUUUUCAAAAUACAACGGACUUUUUUUGCUUACAAAAAAUGUUAUAUCAGUCUGUCGGGUGGGUAAUAAGCACUCUGUCGCAUCCAAAAACACAUCGCCGCCGAGAAAAUGAACUGUGUUGCGAUAAAAUCAAAUUUCUUUUCACUUGGCCAACAGUAUUAUCCCAGAAACGUUGUGCAUUUCCCCGACGGGCUGAUAAAUAAAAAAUAGGAAUUUGAGGGUUUUUUUUAGUAAACCGGCAUGUUACAGUAUGCCUAGUGGCCCAAACACAUUUUAAAAUGUCUCAAAAUUAUCUGUUUUGCAAGAAGUUCAAUGCUUAUAUCAUUUUUGAAAUUUUGUUCGACUUGGAAUUGAACCGGCGACCCUCCAAAAGUUAGUCUCACAACCAAUCGCGCUAUCAGAGCACAUCUCUUUAAAAAUGUUGAAAAUCAAUUCUUUAUGCUUUUUGUUGCAUAUGGAACCUUUUUUGGGCGUUUUUUCGCUUUUCGCAUAUUCAAAAUCAAGCUCGCCACUCUUCAAAUCCCACUCACUAUCAGUUGCGCUAUAUUAGGUUGGCAACUAAGUUAUUGAAAUUUUUUUUGCAUUAUUCCACAGACCUUCUUAAGUCAGUAUGGCUAGUAUCACACUAUCCCACCUGUAGUAGGGUUAGAGUACUAUCCAACCCAGAGGCAUCAAACUCGCAGCUCGCGUGUUGGUGUAGUACCUUAAAUUUGAAUCAGAGCAAUUUUGAGUGGUCAUUUUUCAGUGCCAUGCAAUGCGUUUGGAACUCGAAUGACAUAAUGCUAAUGUGCAACGUUUACAACGUCAGGACACCUUCAACAGUCUUGUGAUAACAUUUUGUCCCAAAAGGAUCAAUAGAAAUUUUUACGGCUUCGCUUAAAAUUAGGCGGUAGGCUGUCUUUCAAGGUGUUGCACGAGACGCUAAAGAAGGCAGCGCGGUUAACUCUUCGGGUAGUGACAGAGCUAUUCACUACGAACCAAAUAGUAGCAUAAACCGUCUUCCUUCUUGGAGCAUGACAUAAAGUCGCGACCGAAUUUAUCUUCAUGACCUGCCUAGUGGCUCCCAAAAAGUUAACCGAGUAGUUGCUGUUUUUCUCAAGACCUUUGUGCCGCUGAUAAAUCUAGGGCCCUGAAAAGGGACGUCUAUUCUCUUUGUUAAAAACCCGUACAGGAGCCAGCGAGCUUAGGCGCGGUAUUCUGAAGUUAAGGCCGAACAGACCCUUUAUACCCGAUGAAAGCAUUUUUAAAGCUUUUAGCAAAUUUUUUAAGCGCUAUGGUGUCGGGAAAAUUACCAGCACAGAAUAUCACUCCUCCGAAUAUGUUUACAUGGGAGAUAGAAAAGAUUCGGGCCGCGGGCAAAACGAAAUCUAGAAUAUCCACUUACGUCGAGAUGCCUGUUUGGCCCGAUAGAAAUAAUGAUCGUAGAAAAUUAUCAAACAGUCAAAAUGGACUUUGCUUUCGUUAGUGUUGUGAAAUACUUAUGUUACUCUCUGUGUCGGAUAUCACACCCAUUUGGCUGCGUACGAUCUAAGGUAUAAAAACUUCAGUAUAACAGAACAUCUAGAAACCGGCUUAAUGAAAUCUUCUAAGCCUAAGUUCCCUGGUUUCUCUGUUGGUGGUGCCACUGCACAUUCAGAUGAUAAGGCUUGUGUUGUUGUUACUAAUAGUGGGUAUUAUAGUUGCUGACUGUCAAGCCUUUAAAGGUUGUGGCAAAAAGAAAAGCAGUCAAAAAUUUCAAUAACUUAGUUGCCAACCUAAUACAUGCACUUUUUUCUCAAAGAACAAGCAGAUUGUUUCUAAUGCAUAAAAUGGAAAAGUAUGCGAGUCUGGCAAUUCAUUAAGAGCGUAGGUUAGGCCGGCGAUUGCCAGAAACACACAUGUUUUAACCUGAAUUGAAAGUGUGUGCAUAUGAUAUGGGAAAUACGUGUGGCGAAGAGAACUGUUUGUUUGGAAUACGAACAUGAAUAAAUUUGAGGUUAGUUGUAAAAAUAGGCCAGAUUUUGACAUAUUAUUGGAAUAUUUAAACGAAAUAAAUAGCGCUUUUUGAAGUUGUACUGUAGCAAAAAUGAAGGUCGAUAACUGCCAAAAGAAGGGACAAAAGUUCAUUUUGACCCGUAUAAUUAUUAAAACACGUGCCGCAAGCAACUUGAGUAAAUUCUACAGCUCAGAAAACAUCACAGAAACUAUAUCAGGCCAAGAAUUCCCCAGAAUUUACCGCAAAAUUAGUCUGUCGGGAAAAUAAUGUGGAUUUUCGCAGCAAAAUGUCUCUCCUCACAGCCCCCUGUGCACCAACUCUGCAGCCGCGGGAAGUUUUUGCAAAGCGAUGGGGAGAAAUUUUUGGCCGGUGAAUCCACAUUAUUUUCCCGACAGACUGAUUACGUCGGGAAAAUAAUGAGUGCAAAAAAGGUCACAAAAUGGGAGGUAAAUCAUUUCCCAAAGAAUUUCAAUUUGACCGCUUGCAGGGACGGUCGAGAUAUUGAACAAGCUUUUUUGAGAGUGCAUGUAAAAUGAAGAGCGUUGGCAGGGCAGAAAAUCGUUUUUUCACUAAAAAAAAUUUUUUUUAAUUAUUAGUUCUUCUCAUUGCAUUUACCUUGCCUUUGCAAGCCCAUCUUUCCCGAUGGGUCCCCACAACACCUUCCCCAAGCCCUCGGAAAGGACACCUUGCAAAACGGAAACAAUUACCGCCGACUUUGGCGGCGAGGGGUAUUAUGAUAUAUACUUAUUAGCCGGCGCAAAUUUACGACCAAACCGCGAUUCAAUAAAAAUAUUCGCGCAAUAAAAGACAACCGAUCCUCGUAAAUGCCUCCAUUCCCUUUGUACAUCUUCUUAUUCACCACAAACAGUUUGAUUAAUUGUGUAAUCAUUGUUUUACUGUUAGUUUGUCUCGGAAAAAAUGUAAAACGCAGUUCGAGGAUAAGUCCAGCUUCUUGUCUCUCUGUACUUUAUUGGUUUACAAUGUUUUUCGCCGCUCGGUACAUUGCUAUUGAUAUUCCGAAUGCUAUGAUAUUACUAUGCAAUUACAUAGGGUCUUUAUGGUGUCCAAGCAAUAAAUUUAGGGGAUUUCGGACAACAAACCCUCCAACAUUCAGAUCGCACUAUUUUUGGAAGAGUGUGUUCGGAUGGCGCAACUGGUAGUGAGAUUGGCAGCUGGGGUCGUGAGUUCGAUCCCGACUGAGCGAGACAAUCAAAUAUUGAGAAAUAAGUUUUUUUACAAUCAAAAUGAGGCUAGAAAUCCAUACCAAAUGUUUUUUGGAAAAUGUGUCGACAUAGCGCAACGGGUAGUGAGACUGAAGUUUUGAAGUUGCGGGUUCGAUUCUGGCUGGGCGAAAAAAAUUUAAAUUAAUGGGGAAUUUUCUGCUAUGUUUCUGAGCGCGUGUUAUAGUUAUAUAAGUUCUGUUCAUCCUGUUUCAGGCCUGGAAGAACGGGUUUUUCAAUUUUUUUGUAAAAAUUUGUAAUUUUUUGGCUUUUUUGACGUAUUCUCGAUUUCUUCAGCCUUUUUCAGCAAAAGAAAUUGACCCGAUUUCUUCUGCAGUCUUUAAAUGUUUUUCAUUUUCACCUUUGACUUUACAUUUUUACCAUUCUUCCAAAAAACUCGUCAUUUUUCCUCAAAACCCGCUAGUUCCUCGAAGAAAUCUAUUUUAAGGCCGCACAAACUCAUUCAUCAUCAUAUUUAUUAUUCGGAAAAUCACGUUUCAAGCCCUACAUUGCUCAACUAACCCGCUUAUUCCUCAUCACUCUGCCCGCAUUUACCAAAAUUGCAUUUCUUCCGCCAAAAACAUCACAUUACAGUACAAUUUAUAAUAUCUUCCAAAAAUUUCUCAAAGAUCCUCUUUUGUCCGCGACUACUUGUUACUCCAUCUAUUUCGGGGGCCGCUUUGCGAGCAAACAUUGCACGAAUAAACUCAUUCCCAAAUUUCAGCCAAUCAGCGCCCGACUCCGCCCACUUCUCAGCCGCCGCCCGCGAAACGAAUGGGCGACACGCCGAGGGCGGAGAGAAGGAGGAAUUGACUGCAAAACACGAGGUGAGACUAUUAUUUUUGGAGGGUUUUGGGAGCGGGGCGAAUUGUUGUUGGGAUUUUUUGAAUUUUCGGGAUUUUUUGGGGAAAAACAUUUUUUUUGAAUUUACAAAAAAAAUUUUUUUUUGUGAAAAGUGCUUUUCAUUUUUAGAUCUUUAUCAAGUUAAAAAUUUUUUUUGUUUUUUGUUUUUUUCCAAGAAAAAUCAUUUUUUUUUUCGAAAAUUUCAAUUUCCCCAAAUUUGCAGUCCUCGCGAAAACGCAACGGUCUGGACCGCCUCCUCGACGACCGCAUCGCCAAACGCCCCAAAAUUGACGACCCCGUGGACUUGGCGGCCAAGGAGUCGGAGGAUCGUAUGACAUUGGCCGAAAAGCUCGAGCCCAAAUUGCCCACCAGCUCCGGGAAUCAGUCGUUGGCGGAUCUGAUGACGGUCAUGACCACCAUGUUUCAAGGCGCAACGCCGGCCUCCGAGAAUGGCCAAGAGCCCACAACUCCGCCGGCGUUCAUGUUUCCGCCGGCCAUUCCCAGCAUCAGCAGUCCGGCGGAGCUGCAGCAGUUCCAGGUGGGACAUUUUGUGAAAUUUUGCAAGAUUUGUAGACGCACUGUGCAGCUCUUUGAUUUUUCGUUUUCGCACAGUGCAGUCAAAAAAUUUUUUUUUUCUUACUGCAAUAUGAAUUUCCUGAAAUUUUUAUUUCACACCAUACAUAUUUUAUAGCCGUAGGCAAUUUGCACAAUGCAAAUUUUUGAUUUUUCUUAUCGCACUGUGCGUUUUUACCCUUUUUCGUUUUUUUGCACCGUGCAAGGGAUUUUUUAACAAAUUGCACUGUGCGACAUUGUAUAAAUAAUAAGUGGGUAAUCAUAACCGAUUUUUGACUAUUAUAGGGUGGUAAUUAAUUUUUUACAAUCUGCUUUUGUCAUCUGCACAGUGCACAAAAAGUAUUUUGUUUUUUGCACAGUGCAAUCAACAGAAAUGUGGAUUACACUUUGCAGAAAGGAAAAAAUUAAAUUUUCUGUAUUAAAAUGAGUUAAAAACUUGUAAUUUGUGAAUUUCAUGGGCUAAUUUUUGCUCAAAUUUCCUUGCACAGUGCAAAAUUUUCAAUUUCAAAAAUUUGCACAGUGCAGAAAAACAAUUUUUGAAAUUCGAAAAAAACUACAAUAAUUCAAAAAUACCAUGUUUUUAGGCGUUCUACAUGAACUAUCUCAACUCCCUCGUCUCGCCGAUGCGAUUCCCCGCAUCCCAAGCGUUCUCCGCGCCUCCCACUUCAAGUGCCGAUGAUAAUGGUGGGUUCGAGCGUUGAGCUUCUUACAGGGGUUUUUAAGUUCAUUUUCCGCCGUUAUUUGAAUAUGUUACAAAUUGAUUUGGAAUUCCGAGUUCUGAAAAAGGGGAUUUGUCACUUUCCUGGCAUGAAUUGGGCAUUCAGAAUAUAAGGUCUGCAGGUUGUUUUAAAAAUCUCGGUUAAUGAGGGCCCGGAAGGUGUAGGUUACAUAAUCCGCGGCAUCAGCCUGCCUAAUUAGGCGGAAAGAGGGCCUGAGAUUGCGUCAAAUUUGCAUAAAUGCCGUGAAAUGAGUUGAAAUUUCCGAUACGGUGCGUGCGUCAUUUUAGUGGUAUUGCAAGGUGGCUGGGGAUGGAAAAUCAAAGAUUAGGUUGUGUUAUUGUGCGUGCCAUAAAAUUGAAGCAGUAGCUGGGCACGGGAAUUGCGAAUAAAUUAGGAUAAAUUGGGCUAAGCUGAGAUAUUGAUGUAUAAACUAUAUGAUAUAAAUAUGAGUUUUAAACCGUUGAGUGAGCUGAUUUUGUUCAAGUUUUGCUAGUAGUUGGUUUGUUACUCUUUUUAGCGUAGCUCACACCCAAUUUGGGAUGCAUAAAUCAAAACAGCAUGCUUUCAGCGUUCUUGUUGAUUGAUAGAUAAAGUAGAAGACAAACACUUGAUUUGUCAUAGAAUUGGUUUACAGCUUGAUAGUUUAUAUUUCUAUCAGUCUGUCGGAAAAAUAACGGCGGAUUGUCGCAUCAAAAUGUCUCGCCUCGCCGCUGUCGCGCACCAAAUCCCAAGCCGCGGCUUGCAGUCGCAAAGCGAUGAUGGGCGAUUCCGAGGCGCGACGAUCCGCCGUUUUUUUCCCGACAGACCGAUAGAAGCAGUACUGUCGCUUUUGUGGCGCUAGUUGCGAUAUUUGCAACACUUUUUCAAUAAAAUUUGCGUAAUUUCGGGGACUCAAAGUUUUUUGGGUACAACAGGUAUAAUAUGGAUUUUCGGGAAGAUUAAGAUGGAUUUUGGCUUAGCUAAAGAUGAGCUAUAUCUUUUGCAUGGCCUUGUGGUUUUCUUAGAAAACUUUGUAUGCGGAAGUUUGCCCAAAUUUGCAUAAAACUAAGAAAUUGAUAUUUGAUGACUAAAACAAUAUAAUUUGAUUUUUGGCUUAGCUUUUAGCUUUCGUCACGCUGGGUGAAAUUAUGUUUCAUAGAUUCUACGAUAUUUUUAGUAACUUUAAUCUCCGUCUAGCCUAAGAAUCUCAAAGAAAUUUGCAUAUCCACUGUCGUAUGUAUAAACCAAAAUAACUACCGUAUUUGUAUCCUAAAAACAAGGAAAUUCUGUUUCGUGACUUCCUUUUUACUCUUUCAGGCUCAAGCGUUAAUUGUUACAGUAGCCAGGUGAUUUUCGACUAAUGAAUAACCAUACAUUCUGAAAAAAACAGAUUUUAAUGCAGCGAAACGUUGUUUCCCCGAAUUUCGUUAUGAAUGUUCACCUUUCCCGUAUAAAACCGUAUUCUCUUUGGCCUAAAGUGUAGGUGAGACAAAUGUCCAGGUGACAAUUAUCCAGUAAAUUUGCAUGAACAUGUAAAUAUUUGGACUUUUAGCGGGAAAAGUGUCAAUAAUCAGAAUGUAGCGAAAGUUUGCCUUCAACUACGGAAUUUUUGAGUGUCUACUGUCUAUGAUUACAUUAUUACUAUCAACAAACAUCGGUUUUAGUUUCGACUAGCUUUUGCACCGUGCAACAAAAUUUUUUUUACUGCACUGUGCAAAAAAAGAGAAAGCGCAAUUUGCACUGUGCAAAGAGUGAAAUUGAAAAUGUCUUAUUGUUUGUGAUGUACAGUGAGUCUAAAAUUACUAUAGUAAUAAAAAACUUCGAAAAUUCAGUAUCUGCACUGUGCAAUUCACACAAAUUGGAAUUGCACAGUGCAAAAGAUAAAAAUCGCAAAAUCGCACCGUGCAACAGGGGAAAUGAAAAAUUAUCGUACUGAAGACAACUAUUAUGACCUCGCAGCCGCCUAGAAUUUUUUUUGAAACCUUAUGUCACCACUGCACUGUGUAAAACCAAAAUUUCUUCAGUGCACAGUGCAAAGCCCCAAAAAUUCAAAAGUUGCACUGUGCAGUCGGCAAGAACGGAUUUCCUUGAAAAGAAUACGUUUCGCCUACAGUAUUUGGCGCCUGCAUUGCAGACAUUGCGUUAUUUCCCCCACCCGGCACGCUACUGUAGCUCAAUAGCCCGUUUAUUUGAUUGGAAUUUGCGCUAUUUUGGGGGUUCCGCCGAACUGCUCGCAUAAUAGCGGCUAAUUCGUAUAUGGUUAAUGUUCCGCAGUGUUACACCCAAACGUCCUUAUUUCAUGUGAGGGGGUCGGGGUUUAAUGGUGCAAUUUUGAGGAGUAUUGUUGGGCGGAGGGGAAGUUGGCGGAGAUUCGAAUGGAUAUAGUUGGAAGAUUGGAGAACUCUGAAUAAUGAAUAUGGUGUUAAUAUAAUCAUUAGGUCGUGAAGUUAAAGUAGUCCUAAUAUAGUAGUAUUCAAAGAACUCACAGCAAUAGAAAACGGCAUGAAACAAAAAAAAGAAAAAUUGGAAAAAUCUCCAAAAAUAAAUUAGUUAUAGUUCACGCCCUGAGGGCAAGAAUUGAAAAUCGUUAUAAGCGAUUUGAAUAUAUUCCCCAGUGCACAAACUGUACAAUUUUCAGGACCUUACCUCAAUCUUGACGCUUGAUAUGACCUUAUCCAUGACAUCAGGUCUAACUCCCAAAAAAAAUCCUGAAAAUAAAGAAAAUGUUGCCAAAAACUCAGUGCAAGUCUUUUUUACUGGCUUCUGGAUUACUCAGAAACCCUCACAGACAAUGUAAAUAAUAAAAUAGCACAAGUAUCAAACCAAACACGGCUAUUAUAAUCCCUGAGGGCAUCUCAAAUUCGAUUCCCUGUAACCUUUUCAUAGCCUAAUUAGUUCCAGAAACCCUUCGCUCAGACGUCAAGUUUCACUCAUUAUGCCCGCAGAAAGCCUCGUUAUGGAGGCAUUAAUAAUCAUUUUGUUGAAAUUGAAACCCGGAAAUUUGCUCAAAUUACCGAGUAAAAGGCCGAAUGGGAUUUCAUUAAUAGCCUGCGGGUCAAAAAAUAAAAUUAAAAUAGAAAGUUAGCGAUUAAUCUUCUGUUUCGCAUUUUACAAUUAAUAGUGAGUGUUUUUGGAGACUGCACAGUGCGAAAUUUUCAUUCGUAGGAAUUGCACCGUGCAGAGAGGAAAAAGUUUUACCGUUCGGUGAGUCUUUGUUUGAAAAGCGUAAAAUUCGAGAAUAUUGUUGCAGUAGCCCAUAGCUUGAUCACUAUUUGACUUUUCGUGAUCUUUAAUCUCCGCACAGUGCGAUUCGCCUAAAAGAAAUAUCUGCACCGUGCAAAAUUUUCGACAUCGCACUGUGCGGUGGAUUUUCCACCAAAUUACAAGAAAGCAACAUCACUGAUAGAGUAGAUUAUAGCCUUCAUUGUGCAUCCAAUUUUGCCCUCCAGCAUUCCCCACACCACGCAAAAAACCUUCUUAAAGUUAGUGCACGGUGCAGUCUCUCCAAACUCUUUUUGCACGGUGCAAAGGCACUUCCAGUUUAUCAUACGCUUCCAGCGAUUUCUCAAACAUACUUUCCGAAAAUAGCGACCGUCCCAUUAUAUAAAAAGGAAUUAUUUAUUAAUUAGAACAGCUGAAACUGGCAGGCCUGCUUGUUUUAAUCCACAAUUAUUCGGAAUCCAUGAAAAUUUCAAAUUUAAUUGUUUUGCCAUGGAAUUCCAGAUGUCUCGAGUUUAAGGGAUCCCGUUUCGGCGAUGAACUUGAACAUUGAGCCGCUAAUUUUAUCGUAUUUUGAAGGAUGACUGUAGAAAUGCUGGUUUGUUGAAAAUAUCAUCUUUAUGACAAAUAGCCAGAGGGAAGAAUAUGAAAUUCAUUGUACAGUAGACAGAGGUCCAGUGAUCAUUGUUUUCCGCAAAGAAACACUUUUUCUCCAGUGGGAUUCGAACCUGGCCCAAUUUUCGGGCAGUCUCACUACCAGUUGCGCCAUAGAGGUACAAUUGAAAUUUUUGGCAAAAAUUCAAAAUUUAUGGUCCAAGGGUGUCAUUGGACCAUAGACUGUGUUAAUUUUUUUUAAAUACGACUUUAAGCUCAGCCUCUAAACUUGCUUUGUUCGAAAUUUCUCACUCAAAUUUCGAAAAUUUCGCGCAUUUGGCCAAAAAAUUAAAAAUUCUAAUUUCUCCAUUGUCCUCGAAAAAAGAGUGGAAACGAAUCAGCCGCCCAUUCUGUGUGCGCGCCCUCUUAAUCUGUCCUUCCGACCACUUGUUUAUAUGGCCUAAUUAAGCGCGUCCGAAAUACAGAGCGAAAUCGAAAUCGCGAAUUUGCAUAAUGCGAUCGGAGGGUUGUAAUUUGAUUUAUUGUACCGUUGGAGAUGCGAAGGGCAGGUCAGCUUGAAUACAGGUGCUCAACGAAGGGGUUUGAAGAGGUUCUGGAGGGGUUUCGGUGACUGUCAGGAUUUUUCGAGGGCCCUAAAUAUUGAAGGUGUGGUACUGUAAACGGGAAUCACCGAUUCUCCUCAAAAUUGGUACGCUUACAGUAUACAGGCUGAAAAUCAUCGGCUGAAAGUUUCAGCUCCUUCGCUGUUAGAAGAGCCGAGAUAUUAGCUGGUUUUGGCAAAGAAGUUUGUAAAGUUACCUUUAGAGGGCCGUAAAUAAAAGGGGUGGUACUGUAAGAGAAAAUCUCCGCUCUUUCUUCAAAAUUGGCAUGUUUACAGCAUACAGGCUAGAUAUCAAUCGCAGAAAAUUUCAGCUUGUUCGUUACAGGAAACACCGGGAUAUUGACCGAUCUUUUUUGCGAAAAAGUUUGUAAAAUUUCUUUUAGAGGGACCAAGUUAAAAAGGAUGGUACUCGAAACAUGAACCUCAGAUUCUCUUCAAAGUCGGUGUCCAUACUCUCAAUAGGCCACAUAUCAGUUCCGUAAAAUAUUAGCUUGCCAUUUGAAACUGACGCCGAGAUAUUGAAGGAGCUUGAAAAUGCCCCUAAAAUGAAGAGGCGGCCCGAUGGAAACCGUUUUUGGCCCAUACUCUGAUUUUUUUUCGGAAAAAACCGGGUUUUUGUAAAAGCAUUGUUCACCUCAUUACUAAUAAAGUCUAAUGAACAUUUUUAACCCGGAAAUCAAAAAAAAAACUAUUUUUUUUCAAGCAAAAUCCUAAAUUUCAAAAUCAUCUUACUCCAUUUUCCCCAACUCCUACCGUAUGCUUUCUUAAAAACACAUUUUUUUCGUUUUACUCAUAACUUUUUCCAACAAAAAAUGGAUUUCGUCUUUGAGGUCGCAAAAUUAAUGUUCCAUAUGCACUUGGCGUUAAAAAUUUCAAUACGCUUAUUUGUUUAUUGGAUGUCUAAACACAUUUCGUUUUGAUUAUUAAUCGCAUUGUCUUUGGGGGCGAGGGGAAUGUGGGAAAAUGGCGGUCCGAUUUUAUUCAAAUUUUUUCGGAAACUAUGCAAAUUUUUUGAAUAUUCAAAUUUUCUGAAAAUUUUUAAAAAUUUGUGGAAGUGCCUUAGCAAUUAUAUGAGUGAAUUAGUGAAAAAUCAUGUUUUUUCUCCAUUUUUUAAAAAAACCGUCAUGAUGACGGAUUUUUUGAAAUUUUUCGAAAUUUCAAAAUUUUGAGAUUUUUUGAUUUUUUCUCACUAAAAAUCAAUUUUUGGGAUGCUAAUAGUUUUCCUGAAUCGUCCAGAAUUCGAUUGUGAAGGUUAUCCAAACACUCCCAACUUUCCCAAUAUUACUUUAGCUAGUCAAUGUCAUCAUGAGAAAAAUUACAAGCUGCGCUUUUUGUUUGCCUUUAUUUUAUAGCAUUUUGGGAAGUUUACUUUCUUUUUUCGAUAGAAAAAUUUUUUUUGGCCAUUGCCGCACAGUGCAAAUAAAAUUUUUUUUGUUGCACGGUGCAGAAAUUUUUAUCUAUUUUUUUCGCACCGUGCAAAAAAAAAUUUUUUCGAGCCUUCUGCACAGUGCAAAAAAAAAUUGUUCUUUUUUUGCACGGUGCAGAAAUUUUAACCUCAUUUUUUCAUUGCACCGUGCAAAAUUUUUCGAAUUUUUUUUUUGCACAGUGCAAAAAAAUAUUUUUUUCACUGCACCGUGCAGCGCAAUCGCUUGCUCAUAAACAGUAAUCGGAUCCCGUUAUUUACCCGGAAUUGCGGCAUUUUCGUACUAUUGAGCUUCGCCUUCCUCUCCUCGCCCAUCAAACACCAAAUUAGUAGCAAAACAAACUUUCUGCUUAUACUUUUAUUAAAAUAUGUAUAAAUGCCAGGUACUUCAUAAAAAGGUAAUUUAAAUUCCAGGAACGGCCAAAUAAACAACUUCUUGGCCUUUAAUGGAAUUGGUUUCGAAAUUCGUAAUGCUCGCUUGCACUGUGCAAAAAAAUAGAAAAAUCCGUACCGUACAAAUAUUUUUUAUACCGCACCGUGCAAAACAUUUUUCCAAUUAUCCGCACAGUGCGAAAAAAAUAUCAGAAGCCCCGCACUGUGCAAACAUAUUUCGGUCGGAAAUCUGCACUGUGCAAAAAAUCUGAAAAUCCGCACCGUGCAAUUUUUUUCCAAAAUUUGCACUGUGCAAAAAAACUUUUUUUUACCGCACAGUGCAAACAAAAAUUCUACGGUUUGCACCGUGCAGAAAUUUUUUUAUCGAAAAACUGCACCGUGCAUACAUUUUUUGGACCGCACCGUGCAAAAAAACCGAAAAUUCGCACAGUGAAACAUUUUUUACGAAAUUAAAAAUUUUUUUUUUCACUGCACCGUGCAAAAAAUUUUAAAUCUUCGCACCGUGCAAAAUUCAGUGAUUCGCACCGUGCAAAUUUUCUUUCUAAAAUCUGCACUGUGCAGAAAUUAUUUGGACCGCACCGUGCAAAAAACCAAAAAUUCGCACCGUGCAACAUUUUUUCCGAAAUUAAAAAAAAAUUUUUUGCCACAUCGUUCAAACAAAGAUUCAAUGAUUUGCACCGUGCAAAAUUCUUCUUUGCAAAUCUGCACCGUGCAAAAAAAAUCAAAAUUCCGCACUGUGCAAAAAAACAUUUUUUGAAAUUUCCCCGCCUAAAAUACGGUUCCAAUUCGUCCGACCUACUGUAUUAACCUCCUCAUUUUCCGCACGUUCCGCCGUCUGAUUUCCCCAUCGUGGAACGCUCGCGAGAGACAAGCAGAGAGAAGCCGUUUUAAAUAAUUGAAUUGUGUCCGCUAUUGAGCGACCGUGUUCUCAAUAAUAUCUGUUUUCUCAUUUUUAAUUUGUUCGCCCGAUGCUUUUUCAAUUCAUUUCGGUGCGUGAAAAUGAUUUUUGAUUGGCUCUCUGAAUCAUUCUCUUCAAAGUUUUGUGUGCAUUUCAUUUCGACGCCGCUUUCUCUCUCCAUUCCUUGUUGGAAUACAGUCAGCCCGGCCCGAAUGCAGAGUUGUUUAUGCGGAAAAUUAGUGGGAAAUUUGAGAUUUUUGAGGGGUUUUGAUACUUUUUUGGGAAAUUUUGAGAUUUUUGAUGAUUUUCGGGAGAAAAUUGGGAUUUUUCAACUUUUUAUGCUUAGAAAGUUACUUUGAUGACUUUUAUAUGGCGGGAAAUAGUAUCAGCUUUAAUUUGAUAGCAGAUAAUCACCUAAAUUUUUGAGAUUUUUAAGUUUUUUCGGCAAAAAAUCGGAUUUUUACUGAGUUCUGGGCAAAAAAUGGUGAUCUAAAAAUUUUUUCAUAAGAAAAUGGAAACAUUUGUAUAGCAUUCUAUUCGCAGUCAUAGAUUUUUUAAUUUGCACAUCGAAACCACGGCUUUUUACCGGAAAUCUUCGAAAAAAUUUAUUUCUUUGCCUAAAAAAUUGAUUUUUUCUAGCUUUUCGUGAUUUUUGAGGCAAAAACCCUCAAAAUUCGCUGAGAUAUUCUGUUAUGAGCUUAGCUUAUAGUAUCUUACCUAUUUUUCAGCAACUUGGUCAAUAAAUUAACUCGUAUUUUAGCCCAAAAAUCUCGAUUUUUCCCAUAAAACCUCCUUUUUCUUCGCUUUAUUGUAUUUAUUCUCCCUAUACAGCGCGCUAUAUAAAGCAUUGUAUAAAUUUCUAACAAUACUUUUCCAUUCCACAUACCAUAUAAUCAUCAGCAAUUCAGUUUUCUCAAUACCAUGAAAUUUCGGUGGGAAAAACUUGCUAUUACUCUUUAUGAUAUCAUAGUAAUGUCAUAAAACCUUGCAGAAAUUUGAUGACUAAAACUUAUUUGUCAAAUUUUUGUUACAGUACCCUUGCUUUGUCAAAAUAAUGAAGAUAUUUUCAGCGAGAAUGCUGAACAACCCCUUCCAACAAGUUUUGGCCAAUUUUAUGCCCGGAAACUUGUCGCCCCCCACCACUGCCGGCCUCGGAGGACCCCACUCCGCCCCGCUCCCGAUCCGCUCAAUGGCGGAUAGCAUGAAAUUAUUGCAUUCGCAUCAUCAACUAUCGCCCUCUUCCGUGCUGAUGAACAAAAAACAGUCAAGGCCCACUUUUACGGGCCAACAGGUAAGAAUUUUGGACUCUAAAUAGUUGUCAGUGUUGCCAGAGAUUAUUUGACAUGUUUUUUAAAUUAUUUACCGGUCGUUAAAACUCAGAAAAUCAAAUUUUUUGCACUGUGCAAAUUCGUAGUUCAUUUUAGCCUACGAUUUUGCACUGUGCAAAAUUUUAGCUUAUUAUCAACUAAAAUUUUGCACUGUGCAAAAAAAAAUUUUUUUUUGAAUUUGCAAAAUGAAUUUUCAUUUUUUUUCAUUUUUUUGCACUGUGCGAAAAUUUUUUUCGCGCACCGUGCAAAAUCCUAGUUCAUUUUACCCUAAUUUUUUGCACAGUGCGGAUUUUUAGUCUAUUUUGAGCAUAAAUUUUGCACAGUGCAAAAAUUUCCAACCCUCAAUUUAAAAAAAAUAGACAAUCAAAAUUUCAGAUCUAUGCCCUGGAGCGAAAAUUCGAACAGACCAAGUACCUAGCCGGCACAGAGCGAGCGGAAUUGGCCAGGGAAUUGAACAUGAGCGAGAGUCAAGUGAAGGUAAGCUACAGUAAUUUACAUCGUAUUAUCCCGUUCGAUUAUCUUCUAAACGAUAUUAAAUCGCUGCAAACGACACUGAACGUCGUCUUCAAAGGGGGUUUUGGCGGCAACCAAUCAAGGGAAAAGGCGGAUUUUUUUUAUGAGCCGGCUAUUAUAACACGAAUAAACGGGCGGAUAAGCGAAAAGGGAAGGUAACCGCCGUGAUGGAUUAGGUUGGGAAUGUCUAAAUUACUUUUUAGCUUAUUAGGAAGUUCAAGGCGAGCGGGCAUGGGAGUUUCGGAGGGGUAAAUCAGCGGGAAGUUUUGGAGAUUCGAAGGAAAUUGAGGGUCAGAAAGAAAUGGUCAUAACUAUUUUGUAUAGCGCGGUAUAGAGAUGGUUUUGGCCUUGUUAUACUGCUUAUGACUUGUAGUUUUGACACAUUAAAACUAAUUUUCUUGCCUCGAAGCGUUGAGUCCAAAAUUUGCAAUUUUUUGUGGAAAAGUCGGGAAUUUCGGAAAAAAAUGAGGGUGUGAAAGAAAUGGUGACAAAGAAAUAGGUAGAUAAGGUACAAAAAUGGUUACUAGUUUUUUUUAAAGCUAAUGCCUAGUAGUUUCAGAGACACAAAGGCCUUUUUCAUAUUCGAAUUUACUCGUUCAAAAUUUGAGAUUUUUUGGGAAAAUCAAAAAACUGGCCGGGCUGGAAAAAACUGCCUUUUGUAUUGUUAUUGAUAGCAACGAGGAUGGAUAUUAUGUUAUCUAAUGAUGUGUUUAGCAUACUAUUCAAGCUAAACCUACCAGAUUUUUGAUUUGAGACCGGGAUAUUUCGAAAUUUCCAAAAAAAAAUUUUUGUUUAGAAAAUGCGGUCUAUGACAAAAAAAAGUGCCAUAACUUUUUGAAAAUGUGAAAAAUCCAACCAAAACUACUUUUACUAGGACGCCAAUGUCCCAUUCUCUCAUCUCAUCAACCUUUUUUCAGGUCUGGUUCCAAAACCGUCGCACAAAAUGGCGCAAAAAAGAGGCCGCCGACCAAGCCAUGAGCAAGAAAGAAAAGUCGGAAGAGCCCCAACUCGACUUCAACGGCUCCCAUCAAUCCCCUCCCUCACUCUCCACAAUGUUCAACCCCGCCAAUUUUACGAAUCCCGCCUUCAACAGUUUGGAGAUGAUGACACAACUGCAGACUCUUCUCCAACAGCAACAGAAUUUCGGCCAAAAUGGGAAAGACUCGCCGGAUUCCGGCUCCAGGGACCCUUCCGUCAGCCCUCCACAGCUAUAA